UUCCUUGCCCUGAGAAAGAGGAGUCGUCAAACACCCGCAUUUUAUUGGCAAAAUCAAAAUCCAUCCUUUGAGGGAAGAGGAUUAAUGGAGGCAUUUGCGAGACGAUAAACGUGAACAGGCUUAAAGUAUGGCAUGUUGCAAAGAUGGUUUCUACCAAGAAGGAGCCAGGAACCACGAUGUCCUCCGGGGUCAGUUUUACCCUCUUGCACUUCCUGUGCCUGGCGGCUUGUUUAAACGAACCCCCAGGAGAUAUCAUAAAGGAGGAGAAAUUGCGUCCAGAGAAUUUCACCCACAUCCUGGACAGUUUACUCGAUGGUUAUGACAACAGACUUCGUCCUGGAUUUGGGGGUCCUGUUACAGAAGUGAAAACGGACAUAUAUGUCACCAGCUUUGGGCCUGUUUCUGAUGUGGAAAUGGAAUACACAAUGGAUGUCUUCUUUCGGCAAACAUGGAUUGACAAAAGACUAAAAUAUGAUGGCCCUAUUGAAAUUUUAAGGCUGAACAAUAUGAUGGUAACUAAAGUGUGGACACCUGAUACUUUCUUCAGGAAUGGGAAAAAAUCUGUCUCCCAUAAUAUGACAGCCCCAAACAAGCUCUUUAGAAUUAUGAGAAAUGGCACCAUUUUAUACACAAUGAGGCUUACCAUAAGUGCAGAGUGCCCUAUGAGAUUAGUGGAUUUCCCCAUGGAUGGUCAUGCAUGUCCCUUGAAAUUUGGGAGUUAUGCUUACCCAAAGAGUGAGAUGAUUUAUACCUGGACGAAAGGUCCUGAGAAGUCUGUGGAAGUUCCAAAAGAGUCUUCCAGUUUAGUUCAGUAUGACCUGGUUGGGCAAACAGUGUCCAGUGAAACCAUCAAAUCUAUUACAGGUGAAUACAUUGUUAUGACAGUUUACUUCCAUCUCAGAAGGAAAAUGGGUUAUUUCAUGAUUCAGACAUAUAUCCCAUGCAUCAUGACUGUGAUUCUUUCUCAAGUUUCUUUCUGGAUAAAUAAAGAAUCUGUUCCAGCUAGAACUGUGUUUGGAAUAACUACUGUUCUGACAAUGACAACUCUGAGCAUCAGUGCCAGGCAUUCCUUGCCAAAAGUGUCCUAUGCCACUGCCAUGGAUUGGUUCAUAGCUGUGUGCUUUGCCUUUGUGUUCUCUGCCCUCAUCGAGUUUGCUGCGGUCAAUUAUUUUACUAAUGUCCAAAUGGAAAAAGCCAAAAGGAAGCCAUCAAAACCCCAGCAGGAACUUUUGGCCCCUUCGGUUCAGAAAGAAAAGUGUUCUGAUGAACCACUUAAGAAUACAGAUGCCAAUUCAAAUGUGAGAAAAAGAACCAAUGUACCAGUUCAAUCUGAUGCUGAUGUUGGCAACAGGACCGAGACUGGAAACGCGUCCAUGGGAACUUCUGCAGAAGCUCAGGGGCUUUCUGGCACCACACCACGAUCACAUCUGGCUUCCAGUCCCAACCCAUUCAGUCGGGCAAAUGCAGCUGAGACAAUCUCUGCUGCUCGAGCACCUCCUCCAGCUCCUCCAUCCACUCCUAUUUUAACUGGGUAUAUGUCCCAGCUGGUCUCCACUGUCUCUCCAGCGAGGCGUCAUGUUUUUGGAUCGAGACUGAAACAGAUCCAAACCAAGGUCAAUACUUUUGGAUCUUCUGGAAAAUCGUCGGCUGUCACGCCUCCCCCUGCGCCCCCACCUUUAGGCUCUGGCACGAGUAAAAUAGACAAAUAUGCCCGGAUUCUCUUCCCUGUCACAUUUGGAGCAUUUAAUAUGGUCUACUGGGUAGUCUACUUAUCUAAGGACCCUAUGAAGAAAUCAGAAAGUUUAAUGUAG